AUGCUACAGAGAAACAUUGGUCUUAUUUUCUGUGUUAUCAUCGUCUAUGUGUAUGGCUGUCCUGAUAAAUGUUCUUGUAAUGGGACAGUGGUGAUGUGUGAAAAUCAAGGAUUUUCGUUUGUACCACAAGAUAUCCCCGACAAAACGACCGAACUAUUUUUAGGAAGAAAUAAGAUUGAGAACAUAACUGAAAAUCAGCUUGGAAAAGGUGCUUCCUUGAAGAAAUUGUAUUUGUACGAAAAUAGAUUAAGUCAUAUUCACCCUGACGCCUUUACCUACUUGGAACAACUAGAAGUACUAUCGGCAUCAUACAACCACCUGAAAAUAAUCAAACGUCAAUAUUUCUGGAAAACAAUUCGACUGAAGUUAUUAGAUUUCAGCAAAAACAAAAUUGAAAUGAUAGAGGACGGUGCUUUUGAAAAGCUUCCAAAUCUUCAGAAUUUACGUCUAAACAGUAAUAAGAUUAGAGCGAUCAGCAAUGACACUUUUCGCAUGGUUUCAGGAUUGGAAAAAUUAGAAUUGCAAGAUAAUGCCAUUCAAACAAUAGGGAACCUUGCUCUACGGGAUCUCCAAAAUCUACGACUGUUGUCAAUGAGCAAAAAUGAAUUGGAGACCCUUCCAACAGGACUUUUUAAUGGAUUGGAUUUAAUAGAAGAAAUAUAUCAGAUGUCCUUUUUUCUGAAUUACAGUGUACUCAAUAAAAACUUUGUGAAUAGAGUUGAAAGUCAUGCAUUUGAGUCUCUUCCUGCUUUAGAGAGAGUAUACCUAGACGGGAACAAUAUAAAAGAAAUGCAGAAAAAUUGUUUUGGUAAUGGAACGAAACUUGAUCGUUUGUAUCUGGGUUCCAAUCCUUUGAGAUGUGACUGUGGAAUGAAGUGGUUAAUGGACUACGUGAAAACCCAUCACACCUCGCUAGAACUAGAGAGCAGGGAAGGAAGUCGUGUCGAUGUGGUUUGUGACGAACCAGAUACACUUAAAGGGAGACGUGUACUGGAUCUUCCUGAAAACAGUUUUUACUGUGAAUGUCGAAUUCCUGGAAUCAUGUACAGCGGGACAGAAAACAAAACAAUCAAAGGUUUAGGAUGUCAAUAUUGGUCAGAUCAGAAACCACACAGACAUGACUAUGACAUGCUUGGUAUGAACCAAUCAAACUACUGCAGAAAUUUUGACCGUGACAGAGCAUGGUGCCUGACCAAUCAAACAGGUGUAUUGUGGGAUUACUGCUAUGUUCCGGUUUGUGGAAAUAUGUGUUAUGAUGUGAAGUCUUCGAGAUCCUUGCACAGAUGUCCCGUGAAAACCUCUCAUUGCAGUGAAAUUGAAAAAUUGGUCAGUUGUCAUAUUUCCCACGUGGAGAAAACAUAUGAGAUAGAAUGUGUUGACUCCUGGAUGAUGAGAAGGGCUAUCGUGUCCAGCCUUGUGGAGCACAAUGUAAUUACAGAGCAAUUAAGACUCAAGUGCUUUCCCUCGCCAUGUGCUUCUGAAAAUUUCUUGAAAUUAGCUAAGUCAUGGUCAUACACCGGUUUGUUGCCUUAUUCCCAACAAAUUUUCUGUUGGUCUGUGAUCCGCCUUGUUAACAAUGGAAUAGCUGCCAUUACAGAUACAAACAAAUCAACAUGUUAUACUAGCGACAAAAGGAGGUUCCUAAGUGCCAUACAAACUAAACUAGAAGGAAUGUUGGAUAAAACUAAAUUUCACAUAUCUGAAUCAAAUUUUUAA